AUGAUCACUAGCGCGAAAUGCGCAACCACCAACGGCACCCGACUGCUUCCCUCGUUAGCCCUGUUCGGGUCGUUUUUCUUGCUCGGGGUUUUCAUCAGCUGCCUUGGGCCGGCAAUCGCUCCGCUGAGCCAUGACCUCGGCGUUGCAGACGUCUCCCUUGGGGCCGGAGUGGCUCUCCGCGGGCUCGGCUAUCUCCUGGGGUCGUGGCUUUCGUCUGUUCAGCUACCCAUCGGGGCGCUGAACGACCGGAUGGCUCGCCUCGGCGCCGCCACGGCCGGCAUCGGAUUGUUCGCAAUGGCGAUAGACGCGGCGCAGACGUUGUGGGCGGUUUGUGCUCUCUGCUUCGGCCAGGGGCUCUGCGGCGGGUCUAUCGACGCCAUCGCCAACGCCGCCAUCUCCUUUGUGCAUGGAGCCGGCGUCGCUCCUUGGAUGCAGGGUUUACACUUCUGCUUCAGCGCCGGAGCGCUUCUUGCCCCCGUGGCCGUGGGCCACUUGGGGUACCCUGCGGCGUUUCUCGUUUUCGGCCUCCUCGCCUUGCCAACCGGCGUUGCGUGUUGCCUAACCUCAAGCGCCGCGGCCGCCGCCGCCGCCACUACCUCCGCCGUUUCUGCGGCUCAAGGCGUGGACGGAGGAGGCAAGCACCACCUGCUGGUUGACGAGGUGCCGUUGUCCAUGCCGGAUGGCCAGCAGGAGGAAGAGGGUGGUGGUGGAUUGCCGGAGGUGACUCUCACUUCCAGGGGAGACCUUGAGAUGGUGCAAGCCGCACGAAGGCGAAGCGAGGCGCAUAGCGGUGGCGGGCGCGGUGGCGCUCUCGCUACACGGCGGGAGGAGGAGGAGGAGGAGGAGGAGGAGGAGGAGGAGGAGGAGGAGGAGGCCGGAGGGGGGCAAGAGGCACUGGCGGAGCACGGGCGGGCUCCCUCGCUGUUGCUGUCACGUGAGGAGGUCGACCGCCAGCACAUCUCAGCAGGAAGGGAUGGUGCUGUGUGGGCGGCGAUGGGGGCCGCAGGUUUUGGGUUGUCCAUGGCCUCCACGUACCCUUUGGCCAUGUCCCUGCUACCUGAAGCUGGAUACGCCCUUUCAGAAAAAAACUCAUCCCGCUUCGUGGUCGGGGGUGCUCUCGGAGAGAUGCUGGUGCCCGCGUGCAUCGCGUUGCUUCUGGGCCCCAGCAGUAGCAGCAGCAACAGCAUCGGCGACGGCGACGAAGAGCCCGGGCGGUCCGCCGCGCUGUACGGCGCCUGCUUUGCGGUCUCGUUGCUCCUGGUGGCGGUUUACGGCAGUUGGUGUAGCCUACUUGCUUCUUCGGCCGCAACGGCGGCAGCAUCAUCAUCGUCGUUGCGCUAGGAUGGAUGGAGAAGAAAGCGCGCGUGGGGAGAGUGGCGGGGAAAACAACGAGUUUCUAAAGCGUCUAGCAGGGCUGGAUAUGUACCCCACAUUCUACAUGUACAUAACCCAGGGGAACCAUACUCUUGGGUGUAGAUCAUCAGCGUUUGUUUGCUGCCACUGCCGUACCAUGCGUUCUCGCUCCCGUAUUGCUGCGUGCACCAUAAAUAGCCUACACCCCUCUCCCGGGAAGACAGAAGGGAAAAAACGGUUGGAAACAGGAGACACGGUAGGUAACAACAGCUGGCUCACGGAGAUUCUUCUCCACAAACAGUGACACGCCUCGUCCGAACAUUGGUUGCCUCCC